CAAAUGAACGUUAAGGAGUAGCUUAGAUGAGAAACUGAAGUCUCCUCACAGCCGAGGCCAGAGGUGCAAAUUGAGUGAAAAUGGCCUCUGUUUCUCUCCUUGCCGCUCUGCUCUUUGCCAGCUCAUUCCAAAAUAUUGAGACAACAACAACAUUUCCAGUCACACCAACAACCCUAGUAUCUGAGACAUCUGCAGUGACAACAACAGUGACAACCACGGCGUCUACAGUCACACCGUCUACUCCUGCUCUGACAACUCCCAGCCCAGAGUUUAUUAACCUGCCUGACGUUCUGGAAGUCACGGAGAGCACCCGGCCUAGGAAAGUGAUCAUAGAGUUCCAGAUCACGAGUGGCAAUCCUGACCCUAAAGUCCAGAUCAUCUCCAUCACUCCAGAUGACCCUGUGCUUGAGGAUCCCAUCAUUAACCCAACAAACGUUUCUGGUGUCUUCAAUGUCCAGAUUGUUCUGAAUGGCUCCCUGGAUUAUGAGACUGCAAACCUCCUGACGGUGCGUCUGGGCAUCGCCACGCCCUCUGGUUUUGUGGAGCAGACCUUCAGCCUUAGCGUCACUGACACCAACGAGCCCCCUCAGUGUGAAGCCCAGUUCCAGCUCGGUGCUGUUGUUCAGGUUCCAGAGGACAGCCCAGCCCCUGUGAGACUGUACACCGUUCUGGCGAAGGAACCAGACUCUAACGACACCAUAACGGCACGUAUCACUGGCCAGUUCUCAUGA